GCAUCAAAGAGUGGACAAGAUGCAAUGCAAGCUUAUCUUACACGGACAAUGUCUUCUCUACUCUUGAUUACCACCGAAAGCUCAUCAAGAAAGGGUAUCGAAUGUUAAUUUAUAGCGGUGAUCAGGACAUGGUUAUUCCCUAUGUGGGCACACACGCAUGGAUAAAAUCUCUAAAUUUGACUGUUUCCGAAGAUUGGGAGCCAUGGUUUGUUGAUGGACAAGUUGCAGGGUACACGAUGGAAUAUAAUUAUAAAAAGUGCCGCUUGAGAUAUGCAAUUGUAAAGGGAGGAGGCCACACAGCUCCCGAGUACAAGCCAAAGGAGUGUUUUGCUAUGAUUGAGAGGUGGUUUGCUUACUACCCUCUUUAAUUAGUCAAUUUGGUGUUAUUCUUAAUAAACAGUUUCAUGAAACUCGACAGCUUCAAUGGCGUCCUUAAUUAAUCUUUGGUUUUCCUUUUUUCUUAA